AGUGUCGUAUUACAAACGACGGCAUUCGAACUCUUUCGUGCAAGCGAUCAGCACUACACUAUAGUUGAAAAAAAAAACAAAAUCAUUUAUGGAACGUCAAUUAAAAUUUAAAUUGAGAAUCUUUGAUUUGUAAAUGGAACAGUUUUGUAUUUGAAUUUUUUUAAUCGUGUUAAUUUGAAUUUUGAGUUUGGAAUUGGUUUUUUGAAUUCUAUUGUGUUCUUUUUUUUGGAGUUUAGUUAAAUUAAGUGUUGUAUACGUAUUUUUUUGUCUUGUUUCGUUGGAGUCGGUUAAAAAUGGGUUUCUUAGAAGAACGAGAUGUUAGUGAUGUGCCGACUAUUCCUGAGUUUUAUAAAGGGAAAACUAUUUUCAUUACCGGAGGCUCGGGAUUUAUGGGGAAAGUCUUGAUUGAGAAGCUCCUCUACUCCUGCUCGGAGCUGGACAGGAUCUACAUCCUCAUGAGGAACAAGAAGGGAGUGAAGUCAGAAGAUAGACUAGAUCAGAUGUAUUCUUCUCAGUGCUUCGACCGUCUUCGAGCGGAAAAACCAAAUCUAUUUGCAUCCAAGGUGUUUGUCGUCGCUGGAGAUGUCCUAGAAGUUGGACUAGGUAUGUCUCAAGAAGACCGCGCCCUGCUAGUCAAUCGUGUGAACAUCAUUUUUCAUGUUGCCGCAAGUGUAAGAUUCGACGAUCCCCUAGAAUUUGCAGUGAGGAUGAACCUCAGAGGGACGAAGGAAAUGGUGGAUUUGGCGAAGGAAGUCAGGAAUCUAUCUGCAUUCGUCCACGUAUCGACGUCCUACUCGAACACAAACCGGGACACUAUUGAGGAGGUCCUGUACCCUCCUCUGGCUGACUGGAGAGACACUCUGGAAGUCUGCGAGAACACCGAUCCUCAUUACCUGAAAGUACUGACUCCUAAAUAUUUGGGAGAGAUGCCCAAUACAUAUGUGUUCACGAAGCAGUUAGCCGAGCACGUGAUCUUCGAGAAUAAGGGACAACUACCAAUCGUAGUCAUCAGACCUUCUAUUGUAAUAUCCAGUGUUUCUGAGCCGAUGCCAGGAUGGAUAGAGAACUUCAACGGACCUGUAGGUCUCAUGGUAGCUGCUGGGAAAGGUAUCAUGCGCAGUUCUUACUCGGAUCCUGACCUCAUAUCUGAUUAUAUGCCGGUGGAUAUCUCCAUCAAAACCUUAAUCACAGCUGCUUGGAUGCGGGGAACCAAAGAGUUAUCACCAACCGAUGACAUCCCGAUCUACAACUGUUGCUCCGGCAAGCACCAGACCAUCACGAUGGGGCAGAUGAUCCAGCUGAGCAAAGAGAUCUACCCCUCCGUACCCCUCAACGAUAUGCUGUGGGCUAUUGGAGGCGAUAUCACCACUUCGAAGACCAUACAUUAUAUUAAGGUGAUUCUUCUUCAUUUGCUGCCGGCUAUAUUUGUGGAUACUCUGCUAUGGAUUCUGGGGAAAAAACCUAUGCUGGUCAAAGUACAACGCAGGAUCUACAUCGCGAACCUCGCGCUCACGUACUUUAUAACCAAGCAAUGGACUUUUGACAAUACAAAUCUAGUCGCAUUAAGAUCGAAAAUUAAGAAGGAGGAUGAAAAGGACUUCUACUACGAUAUGGAAACCCUGGACAAGUUUAAAUACUUCGUGAACUCUAUUAUUGGUGGGAGGAAGUUCUUGUUGCAUGAGAAAGAUGAGGACUUGCCGAGGGCCAAAGCUCAUUAUAAAAGGAUGGUGAUCCUGGACAAGGUGGUCCAGUUCAUCUUCUACGGCUACAUAACCUGGUGGACCUUACACCUGGAGAGCGUGCAGCACUAUAUGAAUGUCAUAUUCAGUGCCUUCUGAAUUGUUCUUGAUAAAUAAAGGUUAAGUUUU